UCUAACAAGUGUAUUUUCUGCCUUUUAUUCAGUGAUAAUAGACAAUUAAUCACAACCAUGGUACUUUGAUUUUAACCCUCUUAAGAAGGUUUGUAGUUCUGCAUAUUUGCGGUUGCAAAAUGUUUCAGAUCCAUGAAGUUACCAAUGAUAUGCACCUUCAUCCAGAAUAAUUCCGUGUUGUACUCAAUAUUCAAAUUGUACAACCACAGAAAAAAGAAUAAGGUAUCUAUCAUCCUUUUGAACAAGGUCUGUUGGAAAAGAACAUCGACUUUUCCCUGUACAGCUACGAUCUCCUGAUAAUACAAUAGAAAUAUUCCAAACACACUGCUCGUCAGAUCUGGCUUCUGAAGGAUUGUCUUUUUCAGUCAAACCCAUUAAUGGUGCUAUAAGUACACGAAUGUUCUCAAGAGUGUUUUUGUAAUGCAAAAUAAACCAUAUUCCCCAUUGUGUCCGCCAAUCUACUCUUUUGGAACUAAUUCAAGUACUUUUAAAAAAAAACCAAACCAAAAAAAAGUCAUAGAACGGAGCUCCAUAUCCCCUUAUCUCGUCCUAUCAUUAAAACUCUAAUGAAGUCGAAUAUGACAUGUCUGGCAUGUGUUUUUAUAUAUGUUCUUACAAUCUGUGUGUUUACAGAAACUGUCUCCGGGUACUGCUAUAGGAGUUCAUGUUGUGGUGAGGGAUGUCAAUGCAUUUAUUCAAGUUCAGUGUAUGAUUCUCACCAUACGACAUGUCAAUGCCCCUCAGGAGUCUCUCCUUAUAACUACGCGUUAUCACCCUGGAGUGAGUGGACCGCUUGUAAUGUAUCGUGUGGAGGUAAUGGUACACAACACAGGUACAGGACCUGUAGAGGCUGUUGUAGUAAUCAGGUGUUACAAGAGCCUAGAGACUGUGGCUCAGACGCAUGUCAAGUAAAUGGAUCUUGGACUUCUUGGGGAGGAUUCAGUAGUUGUGAUAAAUCGUGUGGUGGAGGCUGGAAACUAAGGUUCAGAGAUUGUACCAGUCCCGCUCCAGCUGAUGGUGAUCUACCUUGUAUUGGUGAUUCUGUGGAAGUGAUAGGAUGUAACAUGUUCCACUGUCCAAUUGACGGAGGAUGGUCUUCAUAGUCCAACUUCAGUAAACAUUGUAGCGGUAGUUGUGGACUAGGUUUACAUCUCAGAACUCGCACCUGCUCCCAGCCGCAUCCUAAAUACGGGGGUCAUAAGUGUACAGGAAACUCAACAGAAGGCAUUCCCUGCAAUCUCACAGCCUGUCCAGUUGAUGGCCUUUGGGGUCAGUGGGGACACUUCCGUCCAUGUGACAUGUCAUGUGGCGGAGGAAUACAUAUCAGAGUAAGGCAAUGUAACAAUCCACCACCAUCUCACGGAGGACGUCAUUGUACCGGUAGGAAUUUGGAAUCUGACCAGCCCAGGUAUAAACUACACAAGUAAAAUCACAUGGAAUCCACUGCUUCUUCGGCUACAAAACAUUUUAUACAAGGCCCGGUUUUUGUUGGAUGAAACAUGUAUGAUAUCCAACGAAAGUUAUUAAAACAAUAAACAUGCAUUCACAAAACAUGUCGUUUUAAACGUAACGGGUAAAUACAGACAUGGCAAAAGAGAGGGCAAAAGUACAUCAUUAGUUUGUUUCGAUGUCACCCAAUUAAAUAAUGAAAAAAAAAAUACUUUUAAGGACAGAUGAUAGAAAAGACUUUUGUCAGAAAAAUUGGAAAUCACAACUUUGAGUCAUGAUCAAGUUACUGUUAUAAUGAUAAAUAUAUUAUAUACCCCCUUAAACCAGCAAAAUAUGGGAUUUGAAGUGAAAAAUAUUCAUGUAGAUUACUAAGGAUGGUUUCUGAC